AUGGGGCCUUAUGGCGCCGGUGGUAUACAUCCUGUUCCCAUGAUAGAGACAAACAAUACGUUAUCGAAUCCGACAGGUCCCGAAUGGCAAUUCCUGGUCGGAGAAGGCACGUAUACACUUAAAGAAGACUUACAUCUUGCGACACCUCCGCCCCAUCCUUCCGAAGCCACCGUCCCGAACCCGAACCCGCUAUCGACUCUCCCGCAGCCUGCCAGCGCCGGUACCUCAGUCUCUCUCAUCGCCCUUGAGAGUCGUCCGGCUCCAAACUUUCUGUAUAGAGGACUCUCUUCGACCACCCUCGCCCUGAGUGGCGCCCCAUCCAGUAUUCAGGAGCAUCCCAACGAGGGUCGCUACUCUGCCGAAAAUGGCAAGACGAGUGAGGAGGGCCGUACCGGUUCGACAAGCGAUGCUCAGGCUACCUCCAUUACCAUUGGUUCUGCACCUGCUUUUGGCGAAGGCAAUGCUUUGCUUACCCAGGUGCCGACCAAGGAUGUGAACAAGAAGAGAAAGCCCAAGAACAACAUGACAAAGAGCAACUCGUCUUUCAUCUCUCGCGUUAUUGUUAACGAAAGCCUGUCUAAGAAACUUACAGAGCGAUCCAAUGAUGGCCUCUUUGCUUUUGCAAACAUUAACCGCGCCUUCCAGUGGCUUGACAUGUCAUCGUCAUCCAAGGUUCGUGCCGUUGCGUAG